AUGGACGACAUCCACGCUCCAACCGUGGCCUCCGGACCUGCACCCGGAGCCACUCCUCGCGAUGUAUCCAAGCUAUCAAUGCCAGACCUUAUGCAGGAAAAGGUACGCAUCGAGGAGGAAAUGUCGGCGCUCAGUAGCGUUCUCCAAUCGCAUGGGGUGCGCAUGACCUCUUCCCUCACUACCUUCGAUGGCUUCCCCCGCGAUGAUAUCGACAUUGCGCAAGUUCGAACAAUACGCGUGCGCAUGAUUCACCUACGCAAUGACCAUAAGGAAGUAAUGCAAUAUCUCGAGAAGGGCGUUCACGCACACUUUGCCAAUCUACAAAACACACCCGAUGCCAGCCCAAUCACGAAUGGCACCAGCCACCCUCCAGCUGCGCAGGCACUGCCAGACCGCUCUGCUGACAGUUCCACUGCUUCUGGCACACCAUUUGCAAAGGUCAACAGUGUGGUGACAGGAAGUCCAGCAGAUCAGGCGGGUCUUAAGGCUGGCGAUGCAAUCCGAAACUUUGGGGGUGUCAAUUGGUUAAAUCACGAGCGCCUUACCAAGGUCGCUGAGACAGUUCAGCAAAAUGAAGGGCGGGAAGUAUCAGUGAAGGUGAGCCGGAAGGAAGAUACUGGUGCUAUCACCGAGCUAGAUCUCCAGCUCACUCCUCGGCAAAAUUGGGGAGGACGUGGCUUGCUCGGGUGCCACUUGGUUCCGUUGUAG